UCUGCCCUGCCGGUGGAGAAACGUCUCUUCAAUCGACUCGUUGGACACGCACAGAGCCUGCUCCAGUCUGUUCGACCGGAGCGCCGCCUGCCUCUGUUCCUCCCGCCCAGCGACCCGGCGGCCGGCGACCAAGGCAGUGCCCGCGGCGAGGUCUUCGCAGCCUAGGGUUCGGCUUCACCCUUCUCCUCUCCGCAUCUCGGUCUUCACCCAGGCGCGGCGGCGGCGCCAUCCCGCCCUUCAGCUGUCGACACAGAAAACGCCGCAGUCUUUUCUAUUACAGGAAACAAUCUGAAUCAAGGCAAGGAUCGGCGUGAUGUCUUUCCUGAGGCUGCUACCUCAAAGGUUGCCCCAAUUUGUUAGGCAGGUGGAGCGAGAUGUCGAGACUGUAAUCAAUGUUCUGCAGCCAGGUCCAAUAGGAAUUGUGGAGCAUAAGUUCACUGAUGCAGAGAUCCGCGAGGCGCAAGUCACUGUAAGGAGUGCCGUUGAGAAAUGGCGAAGGAACAGUGCUCUGGAGAGAAAUGUUGGCACUGGUUCUUUUCAUAAAUCGAAGUAGCGCUCUACGUCAUGACUUGGUGCAGCACCAAUACUGAAAAUAAAAGUGUGCCGUGGUUGCAACUGUUCGUCUUGGUGUAGUUAAUGUGUUCUCUCUGUCAGUGAACAAAUGCAAUUGAUCAUGAUACACCUCCUCGAUGAUCUAUUAUCGGCAAAAGUGUACACUCUGCUCGAGUUUCUGAAAUUGUUCUUCUAAAGUUUGAUGUUCUAAAAAAUAUCUCCUCAAUCAAAGUGUGCUUUGUGGCACUGUGGAUUAAAUGGA